UGCGAGGUACGUCACGUGGAGCAAGAUGAGAGUUGUGUGGUCAGUGAACAACAGAGUAGAGUACAGCGAAACCGAGCGACGGUUGACAACUCACCGACUCAACAUCACAAAGAACAUUCCGCCGUCUAAAGUCGCCACCAGCUCCACCGCAUCCAGUCCUGAGUGACCGCCUCGUUACAGUCCACGAAUCCGGCCGGGCCACGUCUGGUUCCGCCAGGUCUCUUCUUGCUGCAUCAGGCUCGGUCCAGUGUUUUUCAAGCUGGACGAAGAGGAGACGAGUGGGCCCAUGGGCCCGGCCUUGGUGCUGAGACACAGAACUUGUAGCCUUGCAGAGCACAGCACAGAUAGCAACACGGGUUCUUCAGACGGACACCUCAGCGCCACGCAGUGCCACUCACACAAUGGGAGUCUCCCAACGUGCCGUGAGAACAGGAGAACGGACUUAGAGGAGGAGGAGGAGGAGGAGGAGGAUGAUGACAGAGGAGAGGCCAAUGAGGAGGACCAAGCCGAGAGGAGCAGCGACGAGGGCUUCAUGGGCAUGACGCCGCUGCUGCAAGCUCAUCACGCCAUGGAGAAGAUGGAGGAGUUUGUACACAAGGUGUGGGAGGGCCGGUGGCGCGUCAUUCCCCACGACGUGCUCCCCGAUUGGCUGAAGGACAACGACUACCUGCUCCACGGCCACAGGCCGCCCAUGCCUUCUUUCCGCGCCUGCUUCAAGAGCAUUUUCCGAAUCCACACGGAGACGGGCAACAUCUGGACGCACCUGCUAGGCUGCCUGUUCUUCCUCUGCCUGGGCCUGAUGUACAUGUUCCGACCCAACAUGUCCUUUGUGGCGCCGGUCCAGGAGAAGGUGGCCAUCGGGAUGUUCUUCCUGGGCGCCAUCCUCUGCCUGUCCUUCUCGUGGCUCUUCCACACCGUCUACUGCCACUCGGAGGGCGUGUCCAGAGUCUUCUCCAAGUUGGACUACAGCGGCAUCGCCUUCCUGAUCAUGGGUUCCUUCGUGCCGUGGCUCUACUACUCCUUCUACUGCUCCCCUCAGCCUUGCUUCAUCUACCUGAUAGUGGUGUGCGUGCUGGGACUGGCCGCCAUCACCGUGUCCCAGUGCGACUUCUUCGCCACGCCGCAGUACAGAGGAGUCCGAGCAGGUGUGUUUGUGGGCCUGGGCCUGAGCGGCGUGGUGCCCACCCUCCAUUUUGUCAUCAGCGAGGGUCUCAUCAAGGCCACCACCAUCGGACAAAUGGGUUGGCUUUUCCUCAUGGCCACGCUCUACAUCACCGGAGCCUGCUUGUACGCCGCUCGCAUCCCAGAGAGGUUCUUCCCUGGCAAGUGCGACAUCUGGUUCCACUCUCACCAGUUGUUCCACAUCCUGGUGGUCGCCGGCGCUUUCGUUCACUUUCACGGCGUCUCCAACCUGCAGGAGUUUCGCUACACAGCCGGAGCGGGCUGCACCGAGGACGGCAUGCUCUAACACACACAGACACACACACAUAGACACACACAUUAUUCACUUGUACCUUACUACAGGGAGCCAGCGCUUCUUUCUAAUAGCGCACACACACACACAUGCUAAAGUGGCUUGCUGUGUCACAAGUCGGCCUUCCAGGGGGCGCCAUUUACAACACUGACAGGAAAACGUUGGAGCGUUCCAUCUCCGCCGCCUUUUGCGGCUGUUGCGUCAACUUUACAAGCACUACUAAACCACCUAUGAUAAACAAUACGUUUUGGACACUUUUUUUAUUGCAAAAACAGCAUUUUUUUUCUAUUCAAAAGGACAUUUUUGGGAGUGCUUGUUUGUUUGGGUGCUGUUUUCUAAUUCAGACAAAAAAGAACAGUAAUGGACUUGAAUAUCUUCCAUGAUUGUGAAAGUCAUGGCAGGAAAGGGGUGGGGGGUCUUUUUAGGGGUUGGGGUGGAUUUCAUAGUCACUUUUUAAUUAAAAAAAAUAAAAAAUAAACUUUUCCAUGUAAAUAAGAUUUAUAAAUUUGGGUUAUAGAUUUGUAUGAAAUAUAAAUAUAUAUAUGUAUAUAUACACAUAUAUAUUAAAAAUGAGUAAAAAAAAAUAGAUAUAUUGGUGAUGAUGGGGGUGCUGCAGUUAUUUCACAUAUGCAAGAGAAGAAGAGUUGAACUUGUAAAACAACCCACUCACCUUUUUCUCGUGUUGUCCUUAAACCAAAUCUUACGUUGGCGCUCAGACCCAAUUCUUAAAGGGGACCUAUUAUGCUCCGUUUUACACCCUUUGUAUUGACUUGUAAGUCUCCUGUAGAGCAGAUACACACAAUAACCAGCACAGAAAACUUCCAGAUCUUGCAGAAUCUGCACCUAUUCCAGUUUGGAUCCUUGGAUUUGUGCUUCCUGCCAAAACGCUUGGUUUUAAUUUAUACCACGCCCACUCUGCUGUGAUUGGUCACACGCCCAAAGUGCUUCCUAACUUCAUCAGAGGAAUCGUUGGUGCUGUGGAGAUCAGAAGAAUAUUUUAGAAUAACUUGUGUCCUCGUAAUCAGAGAAGCAAAACUUGGGGGAAAGCGUAUCUGGCCUACAGGCACGCCCACUCCUCUGUGACAUCAUAAAGGAACAGUUUUGUAACGCCCUCUGAAACCGAGCGUUUUGAGCCAUCCCAAACUUCUUUCAGGGCUCACUUCCAAAUAAGCAAACCUCAUGAUCUGGAAGUUUUGGCAAGGUUUAACACAAGAAUGCAACAUUCUAACGACAUGUAUGGGUCAGAAGAGUGUAAAAAGCAUCAUAGGUCCCCUUUAAUAAGUAGCACUUGUCAUUCAUCUUCCUUUUCUUUUUUUUUAUAAGCCACCACUAGUAUGGCUCUUCAUUUUUUCCAAAUAAAAACAUGUAAAAGAGCAGUUUAUUUCUAAAUAUAAACUGAAAAUAUACCAAUGGACGGUUGAAUCUUCUGUUGACAUGUUGUUAUUGUUCUGUUUGACAUCAAUUGGUGAUACUUUGUUUUGAUGAAAAACAUGAUUUUCUUUUCUCAUGAUGGAUUUUAUUCUAUUGAAUUUAUAUUAAUUUAUUGCAAUUGGGGCGUGGUUGUAUGUUGAUGGGAGUGUUUGCUUUACAGACAUUUACAUAUGCUGUAUUGUUCUAAUAAAAGGCUUUUUUUUGGAAUUCUA